CAGAGAGAAAGAUAGUGUAACCUCCCAGGGGGAAAAAAAAAAAAAAAAAAAAAAAAACAUGGUCCAGCCUCUAUCAGGGCAGAAAAGAUUCAGGACAGAGAAGUGAGAGGCUGGGAAGAUCACUAUCAGGUUUGCAAAGAGCAAGUAGGCUAAAAAGUUUUCUGCGUAGUCAUCAUACUGCAGUGGAAUAAAAGGUGGAGGAAAGGGGUCAUUUUGUAGUCUAGUCAGGUGAGGAUUAGAAACUUCAGGAGUCGACCCAGAAAUCCCAUAAGUUCAAUGAUGAUGAAAUUUGAAGAAAAGCCUGAGGGCAAUGGAAGCCUUGUAGAAAAGAGUGAGCCUUUCCUAGGUAAGAAGCACCAGGCAGAUGGGAAACCAGUAGCAAAUGGGAAGGCUGAGGUCUCUGAAAGGCAGGAGGCAAAUGGGAAGUAUGAUAUGCCCAGAAAAAGCCUCAAAACAUACAGCUGGCAUGAGAUUCAGAGACACAACCAGGAGACUGACCAGUGGCUGGUGAUCAAUCGCAAGGUCUACGAUGUUACCGGCUGGGCGGACAGGCAUCCAGGGGGGCGCCGGGUCCUCACCCACUGUGCUGGGGAAGACACCACGGAUGCCUUCAGAGCCAUGCAUCCGAACCUUGACAUUGUGCGGUUGUACCUUAAACCACUGCUCAUUGAAGAGCUUGUCCCAGAAGAGCCCAAUCAGGAGAGAAACAAAAACCCUCAGUUGGUGGAAGAUUUCCAAGAACUGCGGAGGACAUUAGAGGCUAUGAAUAUGUUCAAUGCCAACCUGGGGUUCUUCUUCCUGCACCUCGCCCAGAUCUUGAUUUUGGAAGUCCUGGCUUGGGCAAUGGUGUGGCAUUUUGGCAGUGGCUGGCUUAUUACAAUAUUCAUUUCCUGUCUUCUCACAGUUUCUCAGGCUCAAAGUUUAUUUCUGCAGCAUGACACUGGACACCUUUCCAUCUUUAAGAAGUCCAGGUGGAACCACCUGAUGCACAAAUUCGUGACGUGUCACCUCAAGGGCCUAUCAACACACUGGUGGAAUUACCGGCACUUCCAACAUCAUGUAAAACCAAACAUCUACUCCAAAGACCCAGAUAUUGAUACGGGCCCACUUUUUGUUCUUGGAGAUUCACUACCUAUCAAGUAUGGCAAGAAGAAAAUCAAAUACAUCGACUACGAGAAGCAGCAUCUGUACUUCUACAUGAUUGGGCUUCCCCUUUUCAUGCCCGUAUAUAUCAACCUGAAAUCCAUGCAAGUGAUGUACCUUUGGAGGUACUGGGAGGACAUUGCCUGGGUCAGCAGCUUUUACAUGCGCUAUUUCAUCACGUUUGGCCGUUUCUAUGGAAUCUUGGGAACCAUGGUGCUCAUAUAUUUAGUCAAGUUUCUUGAAAGUCCCUGGAUUGCAUAUGUUACCCAGAUGAGCCACAUACCAAUGAAAAUGAGCGGAGAGGAGAACAAUGACUGGCUCAGCACUCAGGUCGUGGCCACCUGUAAUGUCGAACAGUCCUUUUUCAAUGACUGGUUCACUGGGCACUUGAACUUCCAAAUUGAGCACCAUCUGUUCCCCACGAUGCCGCGCCACAAUUAUCACCAGGUGGCGCCUCUGGUCCGGUCGCUAUUUGCCAAGCACGGACUGCAGUACGUGAACAAGCCCAUGCUGAAGGCAUUUGGAGAUAUCGUCAGAGACUCAGAGGUGCUUUUUCUUUUAAUACUAGAGAAGAGGAAUAGUGAUGCUUUGGAGUACAGAAGAGAAUAAAAUGAAAGAAAAAAUCUCCAUAUAGAAAAGGGCCUUGAAGAAAUCCGCAGCCCUCUGGGUGGAAGCUUAUUACACAUAACCAGAGACAUGACGCGGACAUGCCUGUGUCAAAGAGAAAACCACAGGCCCAAAGGUGUCACCUGUGCUAAAGCCCAUAAUACCAAACCUCUACAAUACCUGACUUAAUUGCAGUUUCAACCUUCCCCAGAAAUAUAAUCUUAAACACCUAGUCUGGAAUUUUCUGAUCAGCACAGAGGAGGUCAUCAGUCACGUGGUUCCUCUCCAUCCCUGCCACCCGCCCCCCCCCACCCAGGAAGAAGAGGUGAUCUGCAUGAUAAAACCCUUGUCAUUCCCUCUCCCUUCCCCCCAGAAAAGAAGGUAUCUGGCCUAAAACUACUUUGCUAAUAGCAUCCUUGCCUCUCCCUUCUUCCUAUAAAAAUCUUCCAGGUAUAAAACCCCUCAGAGCCUCCUUCCUUUACUAACUGGGAUCCUGCCUGAUUUAUGAAUCUUUGAAUAAAGCCAAUGAA